CACAUUUCGAUAAUCGUUUACCAUAUUAUAUUUCAAACAAUUCGCAAAGUUUCGAUACUAAGAAAAAAAAGUAUCUGAAAAAUUAGAGAAAAAAAGUAGUAUAAUAGUUUAAUAUAAUCAUGGUUGUCAUAUCAUCGUCAUCGUCAUUCCAAUUGACGGAUUUGUUCAGUCUUGCCAUACCAAUGAAUCUUAUUUUUAUAACAUUAUUCGGAAUGAUUUUAUUACCGAUCUUUUUCUUCCUUUAUCUUGUUACGACAUGGUCGAAAAAGUGUUUGAUCAAUUUCGUCAAAUGGAAAUAUCCUAAUUGCAUUGUCGUUGAGGAUAAUAAUAUUCGAAGUAUAUUGGAUCAAGGUAGAAAUCAUGGAAUAUACACGCUGUUUGUUAAAGGCCGAUCGAUUGCCGAAGGUAUGAGAAGUCAUUUGUUACAUUUGACGUCUAACAAGAAACUUCUAAGAUUAACAUUGUCCACGAAAUGGAAUAUUUAUCUAUGGAAGGAUAACGAACAAUUUUCCUUGGACAAUCAUCUUAUUAAUUCGCCAUGUUCCUUUCGGAAUAGACCUAUCACCGAAUCCAAUAUUCAGGAAUACGUGAGCGACGUUACAUCGAAAUUUCUGCCAAUUGACAGAUCACCGUGGCAAGUACACGUUAUCAAUUGUUUGUUCAACGACGAGGAAUAUCAAAUAUGUUUGGUACGAGUACAUCAUUUGUUAAUUCGUUUGGAACAUCUUUCACCUGCCGAUUUUCUACCAUUGAAAUGUUCAUCCGACAAUUGGGCUUGCCAGGAAACCGAUUCACCGUUCACUGAUCUUUACGUGGAACCAUCGGCUUUGCCUAAACUUCAUCAAAAAUUAACUGAAAAUUUCAGCAAUCAUUGGAACGAAUUUCUUUGCAACAAUGAUCCGAUAGAACGACCAGAAAUAAUGAAGAAACAAAUUGGUAUAUUUCAAUGCGUUAAAAUCGGAGUGAUCGUGUUGGUUGCAACAUUUAAAGAAUUGACAAGACAGUACAGAAAAUCCGAAGGACUUAAAUUAUUCGACAUGUUUUUUAUACUUCAACGAGAAGUCAACAAAAGAAACUUCGGAGUGUCCGUAAUAUUUUUUGGCUUUGUCAGAGCCCUUAAUCCAAUGAACACAAUUAAUUCGAUAAUAGCAUGGUCAUGGUACUUAUUAAUAACGCUAACAUUGAAAGUACCAUUAUUGAUGAUUAAAGAAUUUCAAGCAUUGCAAUCGAAACAGAAACAUUUCUAUCCGGAAACUCUGACUUCUAUGAUAUGGUGUUAUUUACCAUUGAUAAUUCAAGCAACCAUAGAAGUGUUCUCCAUUACUUGGAUAGCAAUAGGUACACCUAAAUUAAUACUCGAAGAACUUUUUUUAAAACAUCCUCAUGCUAAUAAAUUGCAAAUUAUACCACGAUGCGGUAGAAAAGUUGUCGCUUGGUCCGAUGAGGUCAGUUUGGAUCUAUUGAGAAAAAUUUCAAGUGUUACGGGAGCUACGAAUACCGAAAUCCUAUUGACAGCAAUCGUUGAUUCCUUGAAAAAAUAUUUCAUGCAUUCCGGUAUGAAUAUUCCUGACGAUGUUUUGACUAUAGCAAAAUUCGUCAAUCAGAGAGCCAUUUUUUUGCGUAAUCACGAAGCCCGUGGUAUUCUAUGUUUGGCUUUACCAACUAGAACUCCACUUUUCGAGGAUGAUUUACUUGAAAUUCUUCAGGUUAUACAAAAAAACGUACAAGAAGCCAGAGCAAAACAAAGUGCAAUUUAUGCUAUAACAGCUGCCGAAGCAUCGCGUGGUUUGAUAUCUUCGUUCUUUCCAUCGAUAUUCCUUAAAUUGAUACUCAAUCAAUUAUCGAAAAGAUACACGUUGUCGUUGACUCACAUCGAUGGUAAUUUACCUGUAGAAGAUGUAGAUUCUGUUAUUUAUUGGAGACCACCGCAAGGAAAUUGCUAUAUGUCGAUAACAUUGCAUAGAUAUGGGAAUGGUGUGCGUUUGGGUGUCAUGGGUGAUGCUUUAAUUAGUCCACAACACUCGAUCAUCACCAGGACAUUUCCAAAAAGUUUGAGAAAUCUUUCAACUUUAGUUGGAGUUCCUAAAACUCCAGUUUUAGAACAUCAAAGUCGUAGUCCGAGUCCACACUCAGUUAGUCCAACCACGUCACCUGGAUAUUGAUAUUAUUAAUUAACAUUUAGUAGUAAACAAACAAAUCAAACGAAUCGUUAGAACUGAUCGUUGUGUUCAUUUUAUUGGAAUAUCUGGGAAGGAUAAAUAAUUCUGAUUGUUUUUUUUAUUAUAUAUUCCAAACUAAAUGACUAAGAAAUAGUUGAAUGAAAUUGAUCGAAUUUAAGAUGGAUUCGUAAGUCUAGUUUUAAGACUUGACGUCAUUGUAAAAUUCAUAUCUUAAGAAGCUGACCCAAAUCUCGACUAACAUUAUCGAUUUUCAUACUUAUCACGUGUACUCGUUGCUUUGAAGUACGUGUCAGUCAAACACCUAAAGUAAAUUUAUUCUUUUUGCGAAGAAUAUUAUCUUCGUAGUAUAUCGUAAAUCUAAUGUAUAUGACUUUUAUAUAGAAAAAUUAGAUUUUUAUAAUUGAUAUAGAUAUAUUUUAGAUUAUAUUUUUAAUAAGUCGGAAUGAAUUCUUAAUAUUAUUUAUAUUGAUUAUAGAAAAUAGAUUGUAAAAAGAGAAAAUAGAUUUACUCUUAGAAUUUGAUUAAAAUAUCAUUUUUAUAUUAAUUAAUAUAUUAAUCUCUUUUAAUUGUGUAUAAGAAAAAGAUUAAUAGAAAAAUGAAGAUACGAUUUUUACUAUUAGAUUGAAUUAUUUCUUCAAUAUCUAAUUAGACUGCAAGAUUUACUGUUUCUUCUUUUUUUUUUUUUUUUUCUUGCAUACUUAUCGUUCUAUUUCUUUUUUACAAUAUGCGAGACUUCGUAAAGAUUGCUUGUUAUGUAUUUAUUUAAGAAUUUAGAUAAAAAUAUCGGAAACGUUUAUUACUCUCGUAAAGAACGAACGCGUAUUUUAUUCGGCUAAUAAAUUUAUUUAGUCUCCGCGAAAGAUAAGAUAUAAAAUUUGCUAUAAGAGAUUAAAUAGAUCUGUUGAAUUUUUUGACAAAUAAUUUAUCGUUUUAAUGGAACAGGUAAUAAGAUUAUAUAAAAAGAUCUUGGUUUUUUUUCGUAUUUUGUGAAAUAAUUUUCUUUCAUGUAUUUUCUCCAAUUAAAUCGAAAACAAAAUAAUUCUUUAAUCGUAAAACUAAUCACAUUGCAACCAUUGAAUUGCUAUUCUUGUGAAUUAUAUCGAAGAAAUAAUUUUGAUUUUAAUAUUCACCUUUUUAAAAAAUCAUUGUUCGUGAAAAGAAAUGAAAUGAAAUAAAAAAGAAACAUUUUCGAUGCACAGUCAUAAGAACAAUAUUCAUUGUAUAAAGAAUAAAGAAAGAAAACGCAU